GUGCACACUGCAAAGACGGGAUGUCACAUGACAAAGGAAAGUAGAAUAAGUAAACAUUUAAGUAACAGUGUCCUAAACAAGUUCAUGUGGAGAAGAACAAGGCUAUAGAGUGGAAAGAAAACCUCACCGAGGGCUGCAGCAAAGGCAAAGAAGGUAUCUGCAGGAUGCUCUCAGUACAUCAUGUGGUAUAUUUUAUCUUUUUUGCCUCAGUUUCUAGUGAGUGUGUCACUAAGAUCUUCAAAGACACCUGCUUUCAAGGAGGUGACAUAAGUACCGUUUUCACACCGAGUGCCAAGUACUGCCAACUGGUCUGCACCCACCACCCGCGGUGUUUACUCUUCACAUUCAUGGCUGAGGCAUCUUCUGACGAUCCUACCAAAUGGUUUGCUUGCAUCCUGAAGGACAGUGUCACAAAAACACUGCCAAUGGUCAAUAUGACAGGAGCGGUUUCCGGAUAUUCUUUCAAGCAAUGCCCUCAGCAAUUAAGUGCUUGUAGCAAAGAUGUGUACGUGGGACUAGACAUGAAGGGCAUGAACUAUAACAGCUCUGUUGUGAAGAACGCUCAGGAGUGCCAAGAGAGAUGCACAAACGAUGUCCACUGCCACUUUUUCACAUACGCAACAGGACACUUUCCCAGUGUGGAGCAUCGUAAAACAUGUCUUUUGAAGUACACUCAAACGGGGACACCAGCCACAAUCACAAAGCUCGAUAACGUGGUAUCUGGAUUUUCACUGAAGCCCUGCGGACUCUCUAACUUGGCUUGCAUUAGGGACAUUUUCCCUGACACAGUGCUUGGAGACCUUAACGUUGACAGUGUGUUGGCCCCAGAUGCCUUUGUCUGUCGCCGCAUUUGUACUCACCACCCCACUUGUUUGUUUUUUACGUUCUUUUCCCAAGAGUGGCCAAAAGAGUCUCAGAGACACCUUUGUCUCCUUAAAACAUCUGAAAGUGGAUUACCAAGCACUCGCAUUACGAGGAGCAAUGCCCUUUCUGGCUUCAGUCUCCAGCACUGCAGGCACAGUACCCCAGUAUUCUGUCAUCCGUCCUUUUACAACGACACUGAUUUCUUGGGAGAAGAAUUGGACAUCAUUGAUGUGAGAGGCCAAGAAAACUGCCAGAAAAUGUGCACCAAUGCUGUUCGCUGCCAGUUUUUUACCUAUUACCCGUCUCGAGGAUCUCGCAAUGAAAAGAAGGGAAGAUGUUACUUAAAACUUUCUUCAAAUGGAUCUCCAACUAGAAUACUUCAUGGGAUGGGAGGCAUCUCUGGGUACACACUGAGGUUGUGCAAAAUGGAUAAUGUGUGCACAGUCAAAAUCAAGCCCAGGGUUGUGGGAGGAACUGUGUCUGCUCACGGUGAGUGGCCAUGGCAGGUGACAGUGUACACCACCUCGCCCACCCAGGAACACCUGUGUGGAGGCUCCAUUAUUGGAAACCAGUGGAUACUGACCGCGGCUCAUUGUUUCCCUGGGGUAGCGACGUCUAAACAUCUGCGUGUCUAUGGUGGCAUUGUAAAUCAAUCAGAAAUAAAUGAAGAUACUCCUUUCUUCAGGGUUCAAGAAAUGAUAGUUCAUGAUCAAUAUAAGAUGGCAGAAAGUGGGCAUGACAUUGCCCUGCUGAAACUGGAAUCCACCAUGAAUUACACAGAUUCCCAGCGACCGAUAUGCCUACCUUCCAAAGGAGAUAGAAACGUACUGUACACAGAAUGCUGGGUCACCGGAUGGGGGUACACAGGAUCGAGAAAUGAAAUACAAAGUACUCUCCAGAAAGUCAAGGUACCCUUGGUGUCUAAUGAAGAAUGUCAGUCAAGAUACAGAAGGCAUAAGAUAACUGACAAGAUGAUCUGUGCUGGAUAUAAAGAAGGGGGGAAGGAUGCAUGCAAGGGAGACUCUGGAGGGCCGCUGUCUUGCAGACACAAUGGGGUCUGGCACCUGGUGGGCAUCACAAGCUGGGGUGAAAACUGUGGUCAAAGAGAGAGGCCAGGCGUCUACACCAAUGUGGCCAAGUAUGUGGACUGGAUUUUGAAGACAACUCAAACAGUAUGAAUGAGCUCAAUACGUGUCAUUUGGUGGCCCUGGAAGAUAAGUCCGUAGAAGAGGGCUUGAUGUCACCGACGAAGACACUGGGAUGUUGUAUCUUCCACUAUAAGCAAAGUGAAGGGGCUUGGUGUAUGUAAUAAAAUACAGAAAAGGGAAAACCCUAUCAUUUUCAGAAUUCCUGAUCUGUGGGGAAUCAGAGGUUGUUUUCUACAUCUGGCUACAACUCAAUGAAACAAAUACAGCGAGGUGAUUUUUAAAAAAAAUAAAAGUAUAUAUAGCAGACAUACCAAGAAAGUAUCAAGUAGUGGUGCUGUUUGCCCUUUUUAGUCUCUGUGACAAAUACCUGAAGUAUUUCAUGGGAGGAGAAACUUCUU